AUGAUUUCGAUAUUAGAAGGAAAUCUUUCCAUAGUGACUGAAUUCAUCCUUUCUGGAUUAACAGACAAACCAGAGCUCCAGCUGCCCCUCUUCCUCCUCUUCCUAGGAAUCUAUGUGCUCACAGUGGUGGGGAACCUGGGCAUGAUCACACUGAUUGGGCUCAGCUCUCACCUGCACACACCCAUGUACUAUCUCCUCAGCAGUCUCUCCUUCAUUGACCUCUGUCAAUCCACUGUGAUCACACCCAAAAUGUUGGUGAACUUUGUGACAGAGAAAAACACCAUCUCCUACCCGGAAUGCAUGACUCAGCUCUACUUCUUCAUUGUUUUUGCAAUUGCAGAGUGUCACAUGUUGGCUGUAAUGGCAUAUGACCGCUAUGUUGCCAUCUGUAACCCCUUGCUUUACAAUGUAACCAUGUCUAAUCAAGUCUGUUCCUGGUUGCUAACUGAGGUGUAUAGCAUGAGCUUGAUUGGUUCCACAGCCCACACAGCCUGCAUGCUAAAGGUGCUUUUCUGUAAGGAUGAUAUAAUAAACCAUUACUUUUGUGAUGUUCUUGCACUAUUAGAGCUCUCCUGCUCUAGUACUUUUGUUAAUGAGGUAGUAGUUCUGUGCUUCAGUGUGUUCAAUAUUUUUGUCCCAGCCCUGUCCAUCCUAAGCUCUUAUAUCUUCAUCAUAACCAGCAUCCUGCACAUUCGAUCCACUGAGGGCAGAGCCAAAGCCUUCAGCACAUGCAGCUCCCACAUCUCAGCUGUUGCUCUCUUCUUUGGAUCUGCUGCAUUCAUGUACCUGCAGCCAUCAGCAGUCAGCUCCAUGGACGAAGGAAAAGUCUCCUCUGUGUUUUACACCAUUAUUGUGCCCAUGCUGAACCCUCUGAUCUACAGCUUGAGGAACAAAGAUGUCAAAGUUGCCCUAAAUAAGCUUCUCCAAAAAAGUAGUUUUUUAUGA